AUGCCGUGGGCUAGCACAAACAGAAUCUAUGCAAAACCCUCGAACACAAGUUCAGGUGAAAAUAUUCCAGUAGUGAUGGCUGGUGCGAAGGCGGCGACCACCGCGGCCGCGGACACCGGUGGUCGGUUUGAACUGAGUGAUCAUGGAUAUGGAAAGAGUUCAGUAAAACUCUUACAUGUUCAUCGUGAUGGCGAAUAUCAUGUAAUACGUGAAUUUGAAGUGUCAACUGAACUAAAACUUGCCUCUGAAUCAGCUUAUGUGAUCGGCGAUAACAAAGAAGUUGUAGCGACUGAUUCUCAAAAGAAUACAGUCCAUUUAUUGGCUAAAAAACAUGGAAUUAAGACCCCCGAAGAGUUCGGUGCAGUUGUAGUGAAUCAUUUUCUAUACACAUAUAGACAAGUUUUCGAAGCAAAGUGCCAUAUUAUUGAAUAUCCCUGGGAGAGAUUACAAGCAGGAAUUCCCCACAAUCACGCUUUUGUCUUUGCACCGACAGCGACAAGAUGGUGUGAAGUAUCUCAAGCAAGACACGAAGCUGUAACUGUAAAAUCUGGUUUAAGUGGUCUCAGAGUCUUAAAAACGACUCAGUCUUCUUUCGUCGAUUUUGUACAAGAUGAAUACACAACACUUGCAGAUGCUCCUGAAAGAAUAUUUAGUACCAUUGUUGAAGCUGAGUGGAUGUAUGAUAAUAUGAAGACAGCAGACUUUGACAACGCGUGGUUGACUGUUAAAGAUGCUAUUUUAGAUAAAUUCGCUGGUCCCCCUGAAACCGGCGUCUACUCGCCCUCAGUGCAACAUACGCUGUAUCAAGCUGAGAAAACUGUUUUAGAAAAAGUUUCCGAGAUUUCAUGGAUUCGGAUGUCGAUGCCGAACAAGCAUUACCUCAACAUUGAUGUAUCAAAAUUCCCCGCAAACGUGACGAAAGGAGAUCCUCGUCACUACAUCUACCAGCCUAUCGAUAAGCCUGCGGGUCUUAUUUACGCACAACUCCGCAGACGGCCUAAAAGCCACUUG